CCCAACCAAAGCAAGCCGGUUUCCCCAUGUAUUUUUGUUCGAAUCAGAGAAGGUUUAUAAUAAUUCGUGGGUUGGCGUCUAUUGUAACUUUUUGAGAUCGACCUGUAUUCCAGGGAGUGGACUUUGUCGGUUUAUGGCACUAUCUAUGAGCUCAGGCUCAAGUAGUCCUCAAUGGGAUAACCGUCAUCGUGGCUUUAUUUCUCCCGCUGAACUACAACAGCUCAGACAAGCUAGUCCAGGCAGAGGAACCGAUCUACACGAGUUUCACGCACGACAACCUGCAACAACUCCUCCAGGCGACAACAACAACCCUAGCGCUGGAGCAGUAACAUUGACAACUCAACAGGAGGACCAGUCGGUCUCGAGACCUGCUCAACAACAAUCAGUCGCUAAUACAAUGUCACACCUUCGCACUUCGUCUUUCUUUUCUUUUCGAAAACAGUUGCCGCAUUCAAGUGACGCGAGUACCGAUCACCAGCAGCAAUCUAACCGACGCCCAAGCACCGGCGCACAAGACCGCGACUUCGCACCACAAAACAACCAACAGCGCGCUCAAACAAUGGGUCCAAUGCGCUCCUCGCCAGAGAAGCAGGAUGACCAAGAGUCUGACACGGCUUUAGCAGCCCGCAGAGAUUCUUCAGCUGUUCCCCCUCUUCAUCCUGAAAUACGCUCCAUUGUUCAGCUCACUGUCGCGCAUGCCCGAAAGGUCUACUUCAGCGGCCCACUAGUAAAACGCGUACAGCGCCAGCCGGAUGGCCAACGUCCCAAAGAUGAUGGAUGGUUCGACAUCUGGGCACAACUUAGCGGCACAACGUUGAGCAUAUGGGACAUGAAGGAGAUCGAAGAAGCAAGCAAGAAGGGCCUUGAGGUGCCUCCUACGUAUGUGAAUAUCACGGAUGCCUUUGUUCACGUACUAGGUUCAGUGACUGGCCCCGCCGAGGGUCCAGAUCAACCGCGGAAGACAUAUAUGAACGUCUUCACUCUCAACACGGCAGGCUCUAAUUUGCUUUUAUUCAGUUGUCCGUCAGCAUCGGCAUUGGAGUCAUGGGCAACAGCUCUACGAUUAUCUGCUUGGGAAAAGUCUCGUCUCGAAGAAAUGUACACUGCCCAUUUGAUACGUAUAACAUUGCUUGAAGGCAAAGACACCCGUACAACACUCGUCCGUGGCCGCAUGGAAGGGUGGGUGCUCAUACGUGUUGCUGGGCAAACAGACUGGAAACGCAUGUGGAUGGUCAUAUCUGGGUCGCAAACUUUGUACACCGAACCUGGAGCCCCGUCUACUACCACUGGCACCACACCUACUCCCAAGAAACGCAUGUCGAAUCUCUUCUCGCGUGAUCACUCCCCUGAACCUCUACCAAUGAAGCCUUUGCUUGCACUUUAUGCAUCUCCUAGGCCAAGGGACAAGAAGCACCCCCUUCUUACACUCAGGGAGGUUUCACAGGCGUUUGCAGUGUACCCAGAGCGCCCGGAGUUGAUCAACCGCAGCACACUCAUGAAAAUUGAGGGUCUAAUUGGUGACGAGGAAACGGCGGGCACGAUGAAACGAAGGGAGGGGUGGUUGCUUAUUAUGCCUGAGCUUGAAGCAGGGAAUACACAAGCAUCCGAGAUGCUCAAGUGGCUUGUUGCGCUUCAUGACGCCUUUGAGCUAUACGGACGUCCGAAAGUGUACACCUGGGACCCUCGUGAUCCAGUUUCGCUGAUGUUUGCUUAUCCAGUCAAUCCUGGGAGAGACCUGUUGUUCCUUGAUCGUGAAGUUGCAGAGUCUAUGGACCCACGUGACGACCGUACCUCUGCUAUUCGCAAUCGUCUUUUAAAUAUCCUCCACUCACGUAUGCCUGGACUGCGUGCCGUAUCUGCGCCACCCCCCCUGCCACCCAUUGGUCUAGGUGUUGAUCCUAAUCGCCCACAACAGCAACAGCCGUCACAAGAUGUUACUCAGCCCCGAUCACAAACUCAGGAUGGUCAACCUGUUGACGCCCCCCAGCUCCCCACGAUCAAUUUCGACUUGCGCUCGCCACCAGACCUCACUGUUGGUCACGCUCUCUCCCCCAUCACGGAACGGAGCGCAACGCGUGAAACGCUUCCGGAUUUCCCUCGUACGCAAAGCCGUUCGAUGUCGAAUGAGCACAACGAGCCUGAGUCGAUGAUGAUAAGCAGCUCGUCGAUGUCGAGUGGGAAGCCAGAUUCGGUGGGACGGUCGAUGAGCAACGGGCAUCAGGAUUUUAUGUCGCGUUCCAUGUCCGAGCACAGCCAGUCGCAGAUGCUUACUUCGUUGAACCCUGUCCUAGAGAACAUACCUGGGUCAAUCACAGGUCCCCCACCGACUGGAAGCCCUCCUCCUACCUUGCGUUCCGACUCAAAGCUUACAUCGAGCUUGGAGACUGCACAUAUGAGGAACACAGAGCCAUCAACAGUUGCGAGUGUAGAUGUUGGCGGGUUCAAACUUCCUCUUACGCCUGAGUCUCCUGGGUCACCUACAUUUUCUACGAGCUCGACAAGUCCUAGUUCAGGAAAUGGUAGGCCUACUUCGCCAGGAAUGUUGUUGUCCUCCCUUGUUGCACCUGUGCCCAUCAGAUCACCGGCUUCGAGAACUCCCCCUCCUGGCUCGCCCCUUUCAUGUCUCACAUCGCCUUACUCUCCCAAAGGGAAGGAUAAAGAGUUACCUUCUAUUCAAGAUGUACAGGAUGUUCUACAGCUACCGCCUCGAGCACUGUCUCCGCCUCACCCAUUUAUAACGCAGCAUAAUACAGGCUCACCGCCCUUGCCUCCCAAAGCCAAGUUAUCAAACUCAACACCGCGGGCGCCUGUUUCUGUAGCAACAGUUCCUGUUGCCCCCGCACAGCCCCCAGUACAAGACAGUCAGAGUAUCUUUUCAGACGCUCUCUUCUUCAUGCAGCAAUUCGACGAAAAGCCCCCAAACCCGCCGCGACGUGUCCCAACCACCAUUUCUGAAGCCUCAAAUUCCGAAGAGAGCUCAGUGUCUGACAACCCAUUGCACCCGCGUCGGGAAACGCCGAUGUCAUUUUCGGAGCUGGGAAGGACGGAAGCUAAUAUUAGCGAACACAGCAUGAUUGGCUCGCGCCCUUCUCUCGGCCGUAAGCCGUCCGGUGCACGUGUCCAACCUAUUUCUAGCCGAGGCCCAAAUGUGGAAGCCAUCACCUCAAUUUCCUCACCUUCUUUAGAGUACGUUCACGUCCAGGCCAUGACGGAUUCGCAACAGAAGAUCAUCCAAAAGCAGAACAGCGGCGACGAAGUUAAUGUAGAUGCGCUUGCUGCGUUGUCUUUCCUUGAUGGUACAUCUGAUGUCGCACCCCCGCCUGCAACUACAUCCCAGCCGCCGCUGAUAGAACAAGACGUGUCGUCAGAGCCUACUGUCGAAGGUAGUGCUGCAUCUGAGAGCUCGGAGGGCGUUACGCAGUACAGGUCGUCAUUUGCUCCGUCAAAGCAGGCUGCACAACGAAAGGCGCGUGCACAGGCGCAGCAUCAGGCAGUGCUUCACAAGCCUGGGAGAGCGAACGGGAAGCGUGUCAAACCUGGGAACAGGGUCUCUGGAUGGAAUGAGAGCAGUGAGGAAGAAGAGGAGGAAGAGGAAGAAGAGGAUGACGAAGAUGCUGAUUCUGAUGAGGAAUCCCCUUCGACUUUGGAGAGCAAGAAGCCGGCUCCUGUCCCGCCAGUACCGGUUCCGGCUGUUAGACCUCUGCGUCCCGGUAGUGCAGGGCGUGCUGUGACACCUGGAGAACAAGCAACGGACGCGAAUCCCUACGCGCAGUUACGACAUCCUCGUAAUCUGCCGCCUGUUCCGAGGCCGCUGACACAAGGCGGUGUGUCAGAUGAGUAUAUGAACGCCAUGCCACCACCUCGGCGACUCGCUUCCGAUCAGCACAUGCGAACACCAGAUGAUGCCCCUCACCUGCGUCCACAGUCUGAAUAUACUUCCCAAGUCCUUCGUCCACAAGCGGACUUUAACCAACACGGUGCCGCUCGUCAAAACAUUUGGACACAGGUUCUUGAUCCUGGUCGUACGCCCGGUUCUCAUCCUCAACCUGAAACUCCUUCACAUCAACGAGACCCUUUCAUCCAGUUGGAACCUGCUUCCCAAUCCAUGACAAAAGCUUUCACUCCUCACGGUCUGCUAUCUGCUGGGAUGCAGGACAAGCAGGACCGAUCUGCCAAGAGACAAGAAGAGCUUGCGCGGGAAACUGGUGCUUCACUCAUCAACGUUCCUAAUAAACCACCACCACCUCAGACGGGUCUCUUGGGUGCGAUCACUGCUCAUGAACGCGAGCGUAAACGUGAAGGUGGCGUUGGUGCUGCUUUGACGGAGCGUGAGCGCGAAAAAAGGAUGGCUGAAGAGCGGCAACGCAAGAUUGACGACUUCCAACGCAAUCAACUGGAGAUGCAGGGCAUGUAUGGAGGUGGCCAACAGUACCCGAACAUGAUGGCCAACCCAAUGAUGGCCAAUCCUAUGAUGAUGGGCCUGAACCCAAUGAUGACUGGUGGGAACCCGAUGAUGGUUGGUGCCAACCCCAUGAUGAACGGUGCCAACCCCAUGAUGACCGGUGGAUAUAUGGGUUAUCCGGGUAUGAUGCCAGGAUUUAGCAAUCCGCAAUUCUUUGCACAGCAGGCAGCGCAAGCUGCUUACCAACAAGCUAUGAUGGCAUAUUCCUCUGCCGGGUCACAUGUCGGCGAUGGCAUGCACCCCACGCCCAUGAACCCCAUGAUGACCGGCGGCGGGAUGGGCUACGAUCCUCGGAUGUCGAUGAUGGGCAUGCCGAUGAUGGGCAACCCCUUGGGCAUGAAUCAUAUGGGCGGAGGUAUGGGGAUGGGGAUGGGAGGCGGUGGCAUAGCAGGUGGUGGUAUGGGAGGCAUGGGAAGUAUGGGCAUGCAGAUGACAGGUGGUUCGGCGUUCGACGCACGGUAUUCUCCAGCUAAUAUGGAAGACCUUCGUCCUCCCGGCUCGCUCGCGCAGGGUCAGCGCAAUGGCCACAGUUCGUCCCGGAACAGCUCGGCUGGUCAAGGAUCGCCCGCCGGACCACGCCCCGUCGAUGCCCGCGACAACCCGAAAAAUUGAUCUGCGGUCUCUUACUUCUACACUUCUCAUUUAGGCAUCUCUCCUUCUCAGUCAGGCGUGCAAUGACAGUUAAUUCAAUCGCGCCUUUUUUACGAAGUUUACGACCAUAAAAUGCCUUUUGCCUAGUUUAUCACUUUUCAUACCUACAUUUUUCAUGGACUUGGUCAUAUCAAGUUAUCUUCCGCAUCGUUAUAUCUGGGACCCUGAAGAGAUUGUUACGGUAGUUUCAGGUGUUUCUUAAAUUGCUUUUUACUGGUGAACAUUGUGCAAAGGAAUUCGAGUCAGCGGAUGCAAUCA